AUGCGGUCCCUUCGGAUAGCAGUGACCAGCGUUCUCUUCACUAUUGGAGCCAUAGCCCAAAAUGAUUGCUAUUAUGCUGCUGGUGAAAGAGCAGGCUCGGCUAUUGUGCCCUGUGGCUCCGGCGAUUCCAUCAGCUCCUGCUGCCAAAUCGGCGACUUGUGUUUAAGUGACAGUGCUUGCUGGAAUCCUACUCAUAAUGUGACAUACCUAUAUGGGUGCUCAGACCCGACCUAUUCUGACCCUUCAUGCCCAUGGAAAUGUGGACCUGAUUAUGAUGCUUCACCAUAUGUUGGACUUGUUUACUGCUACAAUACAACACAAGUUGAAUGGUCGUGCACGCAUCCGCCUUCCAACAGUGAUUCAAUCCAGGAGAACGCGCCACAGCAGUGUUAUGACGACUCUAUCGUUGCGUUCGCCGGGCCGAGUAGCCUGCAGCCCAUAUUGUCCCUUCCCACGAACGUCGGUGGCUCAACUGUAUACUUCACUCAAGUGAAUCCCACAUCCUAUUCGCUGGACCCGAACUACUCUCCAACGACCUCAAUACGACUGACCGCCUCGGUCCCCACAGGUGUGGAGUUUGUAUCUGAUGUGACCAAGACCACUACUAUAACACCCCCCGAGGCUGGAUACACUUCAACAACGUCUCAGCUCUUAGCCACGAACACUGCAUUAACAUCCGCAUCACACGCCGGUGGAGAGACCAUCUCACCUACGAGCUCCGCCACAGCCCUCGAAGCUGACCACUCAAGCGCACUAUCCACUGGCGCCAAAGCCGGCAUCGGCGUAGGAAUUUCCAUCGGAGUUCUGGCUCUCGGGGCAAUCGCCGCUAUGCUCUUUUUUCGGCAUCGAAAAUCGCAUCAGCCUGUCCCACAAACGGAGGAGUACGUGGUACCCGCUCCCCCACCUUCUGAGUCUCAUAUGAAGGAAAUUCGCCCACGCCCGUUAUCAGAGUUGGAAGGCUCAACAUUACGUGACUUCAGAUAUUCACAAUCUGGUUAUGGCCACACGAGUAACGGUUCGAUGCAAGAUAGCUCCGCAAUCUCAUACAUGACAGGUGACGCGAGGCCUCCUCAACCAACUGUACAUCACAGGUUGCACGAAAUGGAGUAG